AUGGUUGUGGAGACCUUCACCGAGGUUGGAGUAAGUAGCCCCAGGUAUUUCUGCAGCACCGAGUCAAUAUUUACCCACCUGCGGAUCCCGCAUUCCGAUGAGCAACCUCGUCAGCACUCCGCUCUCCGCUGUCAGCCCAACCUUCUUGUGGAUCCUCUCCAUGUAGUCCUUACCGUUUUACCAAUAUAUACAUUAACGGCUUUUAGGAGGCAGCGAUCAGCUGGAGCAAUUAGUUCCGCCGAAAAUGAGAUGAUUAAUCUGAGGGCCAAUUAA